GGCUCAAAACUGAUAGAGAAAAAGGAGUGGUGAUGUGGGAGAAAUUCAAAAUAAGAAAAGAGGCGCUCUCUUCCCUUACUUUACUUGGUGUAUUCUUUCAUUUCAAUCUAGUUUAGGGUUAACGCCUUAACGGUUGAAAAGAAAUAGAAAUUCCAGUAAUGGAGAAGUACGAGAAGUUGGAGAAGGUUGGGGAAGGCACCUACGGGAAAGUGUACAAGGCGAAGGAGAAAGGUACUGGGCAACUAGUGGCAUUGAAGAAAACGAGGUUGGAGAUGGACGAGGAAGGGGUGCCUCCCACGGCGCUGAGGGAGGUGUCGCUAUUACAGAUGCUGUCGCAGUCGCUUUAUGUGGUGAGGUUACUCUGCGUCGAGCACGUUGAGAAGACUAACUCCGCCACUGGCGUUUCCAAGCCUCUUCUUUACCUUGUUUUUGAAUACCUAGACACGGAUCUCAAGAAAUUUAUUGAUUCACACCGCAAGGGCUCCAAUCCUCGCCCUCUUCCUCCUUCCCAGGUUCAGAGCUUUCUGUUUCAGCUUCUGAAGGGUGUUGCUCACUGUCACAGCCAUGGGGUGCUUCACAGAGAUCUGAAGCCGCAGAAUCUUCUACUGGACAAAGAAAAGGGUAUCCUUAAGAUUGCGGAUCUUGGCCUUGGCAGGUCUUUUACGGUUCCGCUAAAGAGCUAUACCCACGAGAUUGUCACCCUUUGGUAUCGUGCCCCGGAGGUGCUGCUGGGUUGCACUCAUUACUCCACUGCCGUUGAUAUUUGGUCUGUUGGAUGCAUCUUCGCGGAAAUGGUGAGAAGGCAAGCUCUAUUUCCUGGAGAUUCAGAAUUUCAACAGCUAUUACACAUCUUUCGGUUGUUGGGAACACCAACUGAGGAGCAGUGGCCUGGAGUAACUUCUUUAAGGGACUGGCAUGUCUAUCCUCAGUGGGAGGGGCAGAACCUUGCUCGUGCAGUUCCAUCCUUAGAACCUAAUGGUCUUGAUCUCUUAUCUAAAAUGCUCAAAUAUAAUCCAGCAGAGAGGAUCUCGGCCAAGGUAGCACUAGAUCAUCCCUACUUCGAUACUCUUGACAAGUCUCAAUUUUAAAAAUGUUUUAGGUUCAAGCCCUCCUGCUUCAUUGUGUCAUCUUCUUGGUGAUACCACUAUUUACUUGUGCUUCCUCUUAAAAGUAUUUCUAGUGUUGGAGAUAUUUCAUCCUUUUCAUAUUUGAUAACUUUGUGCAAUUGUUGGCUUUUAAAGUAGCUUUAAAAAUAUAUGUUGUAUUUGAUAAUUAUGAAAGGAAAGGAAGGGGAAGGGGAAGGGGAGGAAAAAUUGUUGUAUUAUCCUUUCAUAUCCUUUUUU